AUGGCGACCUACACCUCGGUCAUGCGAUUUAUCGAGCCUUGGUCUCAGAGCAAGGAGCUUCCGUUUAUUCGAACUAACCCACAGCCGGGUUAUGAUUACAUGAACUUCGAAUGGAUUGAUCGCCCGGUUCAAAUCAAGGAUUCUCGAGGCGAAAAAGAGACCUUUAGUCUCGAUAAACAUGGGUUUGCUUAUACCGAUGACAUCGAAGGUGCCACCCAGGAAAUGCUUGACGUAUUGCGGGAGAACGACGGCGAAAGAAUCCGCGAGAAGUACUAUCCCCACAUUGAAAGCCUUGUUAAGAAGCAGACGGGGGCAUCGCAUGUGAUAAUCUUCGAUCAUACCUCACGUAAACGACGUCCCGAGUUGGGAACAUACGAGAACCCAACUGGCAAGGAGCAGCCGGCGACGAUGGUGCAUUGCGACCAGUCGACCAAAGGCGCACUCCGUCGCCUUGAGCAGAAUGUUCCGGCAGAUGUCCACAACCACCUACAAAAGCGAAUCUUGAUGAUAAACGUGUGGCGUCCUCUGCGUGGCCCGGUGCAGGAUUGGCCUCUCGCUACCAUGGACUAUCGAACAUGCGAUGAAGAUCUAAUUUAUCCUACCGAUCUCUUGGACAAGACGGAUAAUUACCGCGGGCAGACGGUGACCUUUUCGCAUGCGCCCGAUCAAACAUGGUAUUAUCUGGACCAACAACAGACACAUGAGGUGACUUUGAUCAAGAUCUGGGACAAUAAGCAAGAUGUCGAAGCCAAAUUGUGUCCCCAUGCUGCCUUCAAGCAUCCGAAUGCUUCAGUAGAUGCGCCCCCUCGUGAAAGUAUUGAAGUCCGGUGCUUUGCUAUUCUCGAUUAG